CAUUUGUGGCUGCAGCUGAGCAAGAAACCAAACAGAGUGGGUCCUCUCUCCAUUAGAGGAUCUCUGACUGUGGUGUGGACAGCUGUUGCAGAUCGGGCGUGAGGCAGCAUAGCAGACGAGAGGCGGACUGAAGCCUGCAGCUGUCCGCAGGAGAACCAUGGAGAACCCCGAGAACCCGCCUCUGUAGGGCCGAGCAGGACGCUCCAUAUCCGGGGAACAAGAGUCAACUCACCGGCGCUGUAAACACGGUGGGGGGGCUCCCUCCUCCGGUCCCUCCCUGCGGGAAGAAAUGUGGCUAAACCCGGAGGAAGUUCUGCUGAAAAACGCUCUGAAGCUCUGGGUGACCGUCAGGAGCAACGACUUCUUCCUCCUGCAGAGGAGGAGAGGACAUGGAGAGCCCACAGGCAGGAUCACAGGUCUCCUGGUGGGGGCGCUGGACUCGGUGCUGGACUCUAACGCCAGAGUCACUCCUUUCCGCAUCCUGCUGCAGGUCCCCGGGUCCCAGGUCAGCUGGGUCAUCGCCAGCGGAGCCGCUAUAGGGGAGGUGAAUAAGCACUGGGACUGGUUGAUCCACAACCUGCUGCACUCUCUGUCUGUGUUCGAGAACAAGGAGGAUGGGGCCAGCUUCGUCAGAGGAAAAGUCAAGGGUCUUAUCGCUGAGGAGGUCCGGGGGCGCCAGGCGGCUCAGGAGGAAGACCCCGAGAAGUUCAGGGAGCUGCUGAGGAAGUUCGAGCUGCACUUUGGCCUCCCUUCGUCGGAGAAGCUGGUGACGUAUUACUCGUGCUGCUGCUGGAAGGGCAGGGUGCCGCGGCAGGGCUUCCUCUACCUCAGCAUCAACCACCUGGCCUUCUACGCCUUCCUGCUGGGGAAGGAAGUGAAGUUUAUGAUCCCCUGGGCGGAGGUGACGCGGUUGGAGCGGGUCUCCAGCGGUCUGAUGACGGAGGCCAUCCGGAUCAACACCCGGAAGAGACAGAGGGAGUUCUCCAUGUUCCUGAACCUGGACGAGGCGUUCGGGGUCAUAGGUCAGCUGGCGGACAUCGCCCUCAGGCGGCUGCUGGACAGCGAAGGCCUGGAGCUGGACCGAGUGCUGCAGCAGCCGGCACGCAUCACCAAGAGGAUCCUGGAGGAGCAGGCGAUACGGGAGUACGUGCUGGCGUUGUUUCGCCUCCCUCGAGGGGAGAGGCUCCACGAGGUGGCCUCCUGCUCGGUGUGGACCCCCCACGCUCGCUGCCACACGGCCGGGACCCUCUACACCACCGACUGCUACCUGUGCUUCUCCAGCAGAGAGGAGGGCAGCUGCACCCUGCUCAUCCCCCUCUCAGAGGUGUUGUCCAUAGAGAAAGCGGAGAGCACCAGCCUGCUGCCUCACCCCGUCAUCGUGAGCGUCCGCAGUAAGAAAGCUUUCCAGCUGAUCGACCUGCAUGACCGAGACGAGCUCGUGGAAAACCUGAACGCCAGACUGCGAUCUCUGCAGUGGAAACAGGCCAUGUUCAGAGGCAAGAAGGACGGCAAGAGGAGCAUGAGGUCCCCGACACCUUAUUACACUUUCUACUACGACACGGGGCAGUCUGAUGAAGAGGAGAUCGAAGAGCAGGUUCUCAGAAACACCGUCAACAGCGAGGCUCUGAUGACGGCCUUCCACCAAAACCAACCGGGAACCAACGGCAACAAGAGCGUGGAGGAGGUGAAGCAGCGUCUGUGGGACGAUCACUUCUCAGAGUUCGGUCGCGGCGUCACAAUGUUUCGAACGGACAAGACACAGAGACUCGUUGCCAUGGGGAUCCCAGAGUCUCUGAGGGGGGAGCUGUGGAUGACGCUGUCAGACGCGUACUCGGAGCUGGAGGCCCACCCCGGCUACUACAGCGGUCUGGUGCAGAAGUCGAUGGGUCAGAUCAGCCUGACCACAGACGAGAUCGAGCGGGAUCUGCACCGCUCGCUGCCCGACCAUCCUGCCUUCCAGAACCCGGCAUCGCCGCGCGAGGAGGUACUCACCGCAUACGCCCACCGAAACCCCAAGAUCGGAUACUGCCAGUCGAUGAACAUCCUGGCGUCGGUGCUGCUGCUUUACGCCAAAGAAGAAGAAGCGUUCUGGCUGCUGGUGGCCGUCUGCGAACUGAUGCUGCCCGACUACUUCAACCGCAGAGUCAUAG